AUGGCUCCAGUAACAGACCCGGACAAGACUGAGUCAGCCAACUCUCUCACUGAGAGGCCAACCUCGAGUCAUGCGUUGGCUAUGGCAGAUCACGACGAGAAGGGCGCUGCCCAGGAAGUUCACGAUGAGGAAGUCAAGGACCUAGGCUGGACGGUCGACAACGAGAAGAUUCCCAACCCGUUGGUGGGUGGCAUGCCUAAUGAGGACCUGUGGGUGUUGGUCCGGAGGUUUAACAAGCAAAUGUACCACGUCAAAGAGUACCCCCAUCCAUUACCCGGGAAGCUUGAUCUCAACAUCGCCGACGAGGAAGAGUUCUCCCCAGACAAGUUGCGGGCCAACAUCGAACGAUUGUACAUGACCGUGAUCAUCGGCCUUAUGGGAUUCGCGAAACACAUCGUGCGACUACGAUCAUGGCGGGAAACUAGGAGAACAAGCGCAUUCUGUGCCGUCUACUUUCUGGCUUGGCUACUCGACUUCCUAGCCCCAACCUUUCUGAUCAUGAUAAUCACCUUGAUCGUCUACCCACCAAGUCGAGAGAUGCUCUUCCCACCAGCUCCACUGGCUCUCGUCUCCGCUAAGACUGGAGGCGUGCAGAAGCCACAAGCUGGCGUGCUUGGAUCAACAGAUUCUGCGACAGGUGCCCCUGAGAACUACAAAGGAGAAGCCGUAGAACAGGAGGCCACCAAUCUCGUCAACAGCGUCGCCACUGUAGCACUUUCAAGCGUCAGUGGCAAACACCCGCAGAACGAGCCCCCUGGAAAUGAAAACGAGAAGGCGGGUGAGAAUGUUCCAGAUCCUACUGCUAUGGCCGUGAACGCGAGUAAGGCUCGCUCGUCAGCUUCGGGUGGUACUCACAAAGUGGACAAGACGAAAGUUCCCAUGGAGACUGCGAUUUGGAACAAGAUGAGGCCUGUUAUGCACGGCAUCGCAGAUGUUUCUGAUACUUGGGAACGAUUUGGCAAUGUGUUCUCGCCAACUGCACCUUUCCCUCAGGAUCUGUACCGACUUCGAAUCGCCGCGUUGCUCGUCCCAGCGCUGGGUGCAUCCAUCUUCAUCACUUCUUACAUGCUCGUCAAGGGGAUUACGUUUGGGGUCGGAUUCGGAUUCUUUGGUGACCCAAUCAUCUGGCGUGGACUGGACUGGCUCAACACCAACUUCCCCAAGUGGCAGAAACUGCUCGAACUGCGAAACACUGUCCUCAAAGGCGUCCCCACCAACGCACAGCUUACCGUCACCCUCCUACGCAUUGGCGAAGCAAACAAGGCACCCCUACCACCACCACCGCACCCAGGCCUGGCACCCCCAGACGACGAACCCGUGGAGCUGACAGAAGAACAGCUGAGCGCAGCAGGCGGAGACAACCCCCUCAACGCCACAGACGAAGAACUCAAAGCCGCCAUCGCCCCCGACCCCACCGUCGCCCACGAAACCGCCGGCGCCGACGUCGAAGCCUCGAAAAAAGACCACCACGGCAAAGGCGGGUCCCGCCUCCUCGGGAUCCUCAAAGGCAGCGUCCGAGGCACCGUCGACACGGUCCUCGGCGCCGACCACCUCAAAGCCCGCAUCGGCAGCGAACCCUCGAAGCAACGCCUCGGCGUCAUCCCCAGCAAAUCCGACAACAAACUCAGCGGGCCCGUCGACUUCCGCUGCCGCUUCCACGGCAAGAAGGGCCACGCGUACAUCACGACCAAAGCGACGAUCCCCUGCGUGGGCUUCAGCCUGGACAAAUCCAUCGCGAGCAAAGACGGCAUCCUCAACGACGAGCUGCACCCCGUGUGGACGGUCGCGGUGGCGGAUAUCAAGGAGCUGAAGAAAGUCGGCGGGCUGGGGUGGAAGAGUAAGCUUGUCGUCGGGUGGGCGUUGGAUCGCGAGGUGGCGGAUGGGUUGGAGAUUGUGGAUAAGCAGGGGAAUUCUUGGGUUAUCACGGCGAUGGUUUUGAGGGAUGAGCUGUUUAAUCGGUUGGUUGCUAUGGGUGGGCAGAAGUGGGAGGCUUGGUAG